AUGAAUGUAAAUCUUCCAAUCCAACAAAAUAUUUUAUAUCCGCAGGCCAAAACGGGUCACCACCAGUUUGGAAGUAACCAGUCUGGUGGCUGGCCCUCAAUAGAUAAGCCGUCUGGCGCAAUUCGGCACAAAUUUACGAAAGCAGAAGAUGAAUUAUUAAAAUCGUUAGUAGAAAAAUAUGGUGAGGCGAACUGGGUAGUUGUUUCAGCUCAAAUGAAAACUAGAUCGCCGAGGCAAUGCAGAGAACGUUACAAAAAUUAUUUAUCUCCGAAAAUACAAAACGGACCGUGGACUCCCGAAGAGGAAGCAUUACUGGUAGAAAAAGUAAAAGAGUUUGGGCAGAGAUGGGCGAAUAUUGCAGUUUUUUUUGAACCCAGAUCCGAUGUAAAUGUGAAAAAUCACUGGACAGCAAUGGUUAACAGACAAAUCAGAGAGCGAAAUGCAUUAGUUAAGAAAUCAUUGGUUGGUUUACUUCCUGAGGCAGCAAAUAUGUUAGUUUAUCAACGACAAAAUUUUGCUCAUCUUCCAAUACCUCAAUAUCAGCCAAUGCAGCAAAUCAUUCCGCAAACUAUGCUACAAGUUCAGCCUCAGCCAAAAAUCGUACAGCAGCCUCCAUCGCCUAAAAAAGAAGACUGUCCGAUAUUCAACCCUACAGAACAGCAGCAAGCUAAUAGUAAUGCUAAUAUGGAGUGGUUUGACCAGGAUAUACCUGAUUGGUAUCCUGAAAAAGAAUCUCAGUCAUUACACGAAAAAAACGAUUUUGUCUGGGAAUAA